UUGAACUGUUGCAGUUAAAGUCAAAUUCCUGCAGAUGCAGCUUCUGAGAACCAAUUCGACAACCCCACAUCAGAAAACCAAGACUUAUCAACUGGGUGUUAUUUUUCUCAAAUUUUGCAGGAAAAAGCAGAGUUAUCAGCCAUGGAAAUGGAAGCAGAAGAACAUGAAAAAGAAAGUCUUCACCCUGAGUCUGGGAACCAAAUGCAGAAAAUCCCCGUAAAGGGUGUCCGAGAUUUGCUAUGGACACCCAUAAAUUGGUUUAGAAUGCUGAGCAGCGAGUUGCAUUGGAGCUUUGUGGUAGGUGUGGUGAUCGUGUACGGAAUCAGCCAGGGUCUGAGCAUGGGGUUGAGUAGAAUUAGCAUACAGUAUUACUUGAAAGACGAAGAGAAAGUGCAGCCUUCUGAGGCACAAAUCUACUUUGGCAUCAUCCAAAUUCCAUGGAUUGUGAAGCCUCUUUGGGGUCUCCUCACUGACACUCUUCCUGUUCUUGGCUACCGCCGAAAACCCUACUUCGUUUUUGCUGGUUUGCUUGGGGUGACCUCCAUGCUUGUGUUAUCACUAGACAAGAAUUUAAAUCUCACAAUGUCCUUGCUGGCUCUGAUGGCGGGGAGUGCUGGAGUAGCAAUUGCCGAUGUAACAAUUGAUGCCUGUGUUACACAGAACAGUAUAAGCCAUCCAUCCCUUGCCGGUGACACGCAAAGCUUGUGUGGACUGAGCUCUUCAGUUGGGGCACUGGUCGGAUUUUCACUUAGUGGGUUUCUUGUUCACCUUGUGGGCCCUAAGGGUGUGUUUGGGUUGCUCAGCAUCCCUCCAGGGCUGGUCGUUUUGGUUGGGAUAAUGCAUAGAGAAUCUCAUGUGCGCAACUUUGCUUAUAAACGGGUCAGUGUAAAGUUACUGGAUGCUGGUAAGGCUAUGUGGACAACAUUAAAAUGCGGUAGUGUAUGGAGGCCUUGUUUAUACAUGUACUUGUCACUUGCUCUGGCCUUGAAUGUUCGUGAAGGAAUGUUUUAUUGGUACACUGAUGCAAAGGAGGGUCCGUCUUUCUCUAAGGAGAUUGUCGGAUCCAUAUUCUCUAUAGGUGCUGUUGGCUCCCUUUUGGGGGUCCUUCUCUACCAGAACUUUUUCAAAAAUUACCCUUUCAGGGAUGUUCUUUUCUGGACUCAGUUGCUCUAUGGUUUUUCAGGAUUGCUAGAUUUGGUAUUGGUGUUGCGCAUAAAUUUGAAAUUUGGUUUGCCAGAUUAUUUUUUUGUUGUCAUUGACGAAGCCGUUACUAUGUUGAUUGGGCGUAUGAAGUGGAUGCCCCUCCUUGUACUUAGUUCCAAACUCUGCCCUGCGGGUAUCGAAGGCACUUUCUUUGCGUUACUGAUGUCGAUUGACCAUGUAGGGAUGCUCUCAUCUACUUGGGCUGGAGGCCUCUUACUCCACAUCUUGAAUAUUACGCGGACACAAUUUGAAAAUCUUUGGAUGGCCAUUUUGAUCCGGAGUUUGUUGAGAAUUGUUCCUAUUGCGCUACUCUUCCUAAUACCCAGAAGCGAUCCCAACUUAUCCAUUCUUCCAUCUGAGAUGUUGAGGACCAAAAAAGCCGACGAUGUACAUGAGUAUGAGACACUUGAAAUGGCCUCCCUUGUCACUGGCACUUGAUCAGAACUAGGGAUUUGUUAACUGCAGUGUCGAGGAAGAAUCGCUUCUAAUGACUGUUGGGAGGUACUGGAGAAACCGUUUUUGGAAAUGUCAUAGCCACAUCCUUGAGAGAAGGCAUUUUUCACGUUCUCUAAUUACAAAAGACUAUUGAUUAUACUUUUACCAUGGUGAAGAACUUGGAUUCACAUACAGCAAUCUCUUUCCGCAACAGGUUCUAUUACCGCUCUAGUGUUAUGAGAAUGCACAUGGGACGAGCUUGGUGAUUCGAGGUAAGUCAUUGUGCAGGUGUUGCAUGCAUCUAGCUGAAGUAGUUGUCUGGUCUGAGAUUCAGAACCAGUAGCACUAUAGUCAGAUAAAGUGGGAGUGCAAGGAUGGACAGCCUGACGAUUUUUCUUACUCUCUUCUUGUUAGUGUAAAAUUGGCAAAUUCCUAGCAAAAUGCCUGAGUCUGUAAUCGCUUAGAUUUGUUACAUAGUUUCCGUUGUAAUUGUUUAAGUCUAAGGAUGUCUCUCACACUUUCGAUGCAAAGAUGAUACGUAAACAAGAUACUUAUCCAGGUACGUUUGCACGCAUGCAUCCAACUACAUUCAUAUCUCAUGUUAUUGUAUUUGAGAUAGGUCUCUUUUUCA